CAUUAUAUAGACAUAUAUAUAUCUAUACACACACACACACACACACAGAGAGAGAGAGAGAGAGAGAGAGAGAGAGAGAGCCACCGGGCAAUGGCUGUAGGGAUGGCGCCGAGCAAUCCAUCCUUAUGGUGUUCUUCUUUGGAAGAUCGGCUUCCCAAUUGCAUUUCGCAGCACCAGCAGCAGCAGCAGCAGCACCAGCAGCAGCACGAGCGCAGCAAAGUCUGGAUCCCGCCUGCUGCGUCGGGCGAAGUACUUGCGGCAUCCGCGACAGGGUCGCCCAGCGUGGCGCUUCGAUCAUCGCCGCCAGGACGGAGCUAUGUGCUCCGCUUGGUAGCGUCGAAGCGCCUGUGCUCGGUCUGCAGGGGACGGCCGAGAGGAGGAGGAGGAGGAGGAGGAGGAGGAGAGACGUGUGGCGAGUUGCAGCACGCCGCCGCUAAUGGCGACUACAGCAGCCAUGGCCACGUGAAACGUAGUCGCCGUCCUCCUCACAAUCAUCCUCAUCAUCAUCAUCAUCAUCAUCAUUAUUAUUAUCCUACUCCUCAUCAUCUAAAGAAGAGAGGCUCCGCGAGGACGUUACAGGUGUGGGCGCUGGAUGCCGCCCAGCCGUUCGAUUACGAAUCUAUGUUGCAAGCCAAGUUAGAUCGGGAAGGCAAGAUGAAAAUAGGGAUUCUGGGUUUCGGAAAUUUUGGUCAAUUUAUAGCCAAACGGAUUAUUCAACAGAACCAUGAGGUCCUUGCUUUCUCGCGGAGCGAUUAUACUGCAACUGCCAAAGAAUUGGGGGUAACCUAUUUCAGGGACGCCGACGAUUUCUGCGAAGAGCAUCCGGAGGUGGUUGUAGUGUGCACGUCCAUCCUGUCGACAGAGAAAGUGCUGAGCUCUCUUCCACUCCAGCGGCUGAGAAGGAACACGCUCUUUGUGGACAUGCUUUCAGUGAAAGAGUUUCCUAAAAAGCUAUUUCUCAAGCUGCUGCCUGCGGAGUUUGACAUUCUUUGUACGCAUCCUAUGUUUGGCCCAGAAAGCGGUAAAGGCAGCUGGAAUGGACUUCCGUUGGUGUACGACAAAGUCAGAGUGAGAGAAGGAAAGCUGCGCGACAAGAGGGUCGAGAACUUCCUCCAGAUAUUUGAGAAAGAGGGCUGUCAAAUGGUGGAGAUGUCCUGUGAGGAGCAUGAUAGAUAUGCUGCCAGCACACAGUUUAUCACCCACACUGUGGGACGGGUCCUUGGGAAGUUUGGACUGGAGUCGACGCCUAUCAACACGAAGGGUUAUGAAACACUGUUGAAUCUGGUGGAGAACACUCAAGGAGAUAGUUUUGAUCUCUACUAUGGGCUGUUUAUGUACAACAUCAAUGCUACGGAGGAGCUGGAACGCCUGGAGAGAGCGUUUGACUCUGUCAAGAAGCAGCUGUUUGACCAGCUACAUUUCAUUUUACGAGGUCAGCUGUUUGGGCCUAAGGGUCAGCAGACAUCAGCCACACUCCUAGAUUCCAGCAGUACAACUGCAAAGUCUUCUGAUGCCGAAGUGGUUGCGCUUGAGAGCCUUCCACAAAAUCUGCAAAAGCUCACACUGCACACGGGCAAUGAUGACAAGGGUCUUGGAGUAGAGAGCGGCAGAGAAGGCAGCCAGGAAAAAUUGCCAGUUGAAUCGCUCAAUGUGCGAGAGCAUGGAAGCCUUCCCAAAGUCCCAGAUAACAAAAUAGCUCUGCUACCAAGCAAAGCUCCUCUAAGGGAAGAAACAGAACUGACUGGGCCAGGCGAUCAGGCACACACCAUUCCCCGACCUUCGUGAGAUCCAGGAAUGUACCUAUCAUUUUUUUUGCCUCUGUCCUAGUUUUGCGCGUGUGACUGUGUGCCGUGUGCCAUCACAGGUGCGCCCAGGGCAAUGGACGUCGGAGGCGUAGCUGUUUUUUCAAUUGCUGGCAGCCUUUUCUGUCAUUCAAGAUUCACUCCCAAACAGUUGUUUCAAAGUUGCAGGCAGUCUUUGCUGACACAAAAGCUACAGUGCCGAAGAAUCGCUUCCGAUUGGAGGCAGUCUUUUCCGCCACAUUUCCAAUGAGUUUUUUUUCUGAUUGCAGGGCAGUCUUUUCUGCCAGCCACUAAGGCCACACUUCUGAUGGCUUGAGUGCAAGAAGCUGUGGAAGAAGGUUGCUGCCACGGCGACCAGUAACUUACUCUUUUUUGCUGUUAUGUGCUUGUGGUUUGCCCAUUGUGCGAGUCACGCACAAGCAUCAGCGGCUCGUUGAUCUGGGGUAUCCGACUUGCCCGCCAUGAGAAUGAAGGACUCAUUGAAAAACACUUGUAAUUUGUCGGCCUUGGAGGAUAUAACAGCCGUCUCACUGUAGGCAAUUCAUGUCGAUCGACUUCUGAAUACACAACACUUCAUCACUGGGCUCGUGCACUAUCUUCGGGUGUUGGACUGAACUGUCAGAGUGAUCAUUGUUUCCUCUACUGAAGAUGCUCAUCAGUCAACUUUCCGCUGGAUGAAAGGUCAGGCACACGGAGUUGGUAAAGUUCCUUGAGACAGGGAAGAGAAGAAGGAACAGAUCUACUUGCAGGGCCCAAAGUUGGGGUGCACAUUUUGGCCCCAGGAAUAAAUAUGAACGUCUGAUAUUGUUUAUGGAAUUUUGUGUUCCGGGCCUCUUGACCUUUAGGGCCUUUUCUCUGGGGAGGAGGGCGGGGGAGGGAAGGGGAUAUCGUGAAAAAUAAGUAGGUGGUAUGAACAAGUUUUGGGCGGGAGUAAAAUAAAGUCUCUUCGCAGGCUUCAGUAACAAAAUCAGAUUUCCUUUUCUUUUUCUUCCUAGGGAUGGGUCGAGAUGUUCACACCACCUUGAGACCCACAUUGGACCUGUCUGGUCUGAUUGGGGCCGGCAGCUGAGCCUGGCCUGUCCAAUGACUGCAAGCACUGUGAGAGUGUGAGUUACUUUCUGGAAAAUCCUAUCAGUCCCCUUUUUCUUUAUCGUUACACUGUUGUUUUUAGCCCUUCGAGAAGGGAUAGACGCAACGCUUUUCUUGACACACACACAUGCACACACACAGUUCUGGACGGUUGAUGAUCUGUUUCUGGUCAACACACAGUUUUUUUUUUGAACCGUCGAUGAUCUUUUUCUGGUCAGCGUGGAUCGUUUGUGCGAAGCGGCCAUGUGUCGCCUCAAGCCCGGUCAGCCAGCCGUUAUCUCCAGAUUUACGGACUGCAAACAAUAUUUCCCAAGUGUCAGGCCAUGCAGCCAGUUCUGAUUUCACACUGCACACAGCCACAAUCAAGAAGAGGAGUGAAUGUUGGUGGCAGAAGUGGAAGAUGUGAAGGGCCUUGGUGAAACUCUCCUUAAACCACUAGUACCUUUGCCCUCUCGUUUCGGCAAGUUUUAGCCUAUUCCGGAACUUUUAGGAGGCCGGGCCCGGCAACAGCUGCCGUUGAUAUAUAUCUGAUCGGCGGCCGUCGUUUCGUUUCGGCCUCCUGAAAGGUCGGAGGCCCACUCACUAUUUUCCGAACCGGCAAAGGUACUAGUGGUUUAAUGUUCAAACUUCAAAUCACAAUCAUUUAUGUGAAGAUAACUUCAGCAGGACACAGAGCAGAACGCAAGAAGAUAAGGAGGUUGGUCGAUGGAGUGCCUUUUGAAUGGCACUUGGGAGUCUGUGAUGGCGGCAAUUACUAUGGGACACCCAUGUGUUUAAGAGACGCAAUGCUUCCGGCGGGAAGACGUUGAUCGCCUCCCUUGAUUUUGGAAUGGUAUUUGUUAUGCGCAGUAGAGUAUUCAUUUGAGAAAGCGGGAUUAUCAUUACCGCCAGAAAGGCAGCAGUUUUGUCAAUCGUGGUGGCAAUGAUUUCUGACGAAGACCGAAGAGAAAUGGAAGAUGAAGGCAUGGAUAUUCGUAAUCGGGAGGCUUGGGAUGUUUGCGCACGUGACCCUUUCCUAACCCAUAUCUCCAAGGAAGCCAGGACUCAGUGAGUAGUCCACUGGACUGUGAUGAAGACUACAUCACGACAGAGUUUACCUGCUGCUGGGGAGGUGAACCUUGCAGUCAUACAGAGUGGAUUUGGCGACUGUUACACUCUGUGAUGGAGACAGCAUUGUGUAUGGCAGGUUUCACAGCUCGGUUACACAGAUCCCAGCGGCAUUACCACCACAGUGGGCAUGUGCAUCUGCGCUGUUCAACGGCUCUAGGCAGUAGUUUCUUCAUUGAAGGUAGGACGGCAGCAGUAUGUGGUACCUUCGCGGUUCGAUGGAUAUGGAAUGCCUUCCAUGGUUCAAAUAUGGCACAGCUGGAAAAGAUAACUACUGAAUCACUGGCUGUUUCCGAGUCCGAGGUGGCAUUUUCCACUACCUGCAUAACAUCCACGCACAGAGAACACGUGCCUCUGUAUGUGUGUGUGAAAGAGAGGGAGGGAGGGUCCGACAGAGGUCUGUGAGUCGGGAUGCUCUGAGAGAGAGAGAGAGAGAGAGAGAGAGAGAGAGAGAGAGAGAGAGAGAGAGAGAGAGAGAGAGAGAGAGAGAGAGAGGGCCCGACAGAGGUCUGGGAGUUAGGAUGCUCUGUGUGUGUGUGUGUGUGUGUGUGUGUGUGUGUGAGAGAGAGAGAGAGAGAGUCUCCACAGUGAAAGCUAUGGAGUGGUUUCCAUAUCAUUUUCGUGUGCUUGAAAGGUUGUGAUUGAUCAAGGAGAUGGAUGUCACUUGUAGCAGCCUCGCUCUGCCUGCAGAAUAGUAGCUCCAUUGUGGCCACUGAGGCAGGAAGUAGGGGCUCGGUAACGAGAGUGCACGAGUGGUCUCUUCUGAGAAGGAUAUCUAUCCAUGAUGGUGGCUUUUCCUGACCAGAAAGGAUAAGGAGAAGUCCCUUUCUGAGAUCCUUCCUUUACUUGAUUUCGCAUAAGCAAGCACUUCAUGAUGCAGUCAGCGAAAUGAACGGAGAGAGAUGAGCUAGUGAUGCAAAUUGGGUGUGUUGUACCGAGUCCUCCAAUUCCAACUGUGGCCACUGAAAAACCCCAUUCAGCACCUGAAAUCUUAGUAUUAAUGCGAGAUGG